AUGGAAGAUCUGUACAUAUCGUCGGCAACGGCUGAGCCGUGCACUAAUAACAACAUAGAGGAGGAUUCACCAAAGAAGAAAUGGAACGGAGGCUUGGCCAUCCUGCAGGAGACCACCGAGGAUUGUGGAAGGGGCGGCGAAGACAGCGGCGGCGGAGGAGGUAAGCCCCCGAUGUCGCCGCCGGAGCGCAGGAAUCGUCGGAAAUCGUGGCAAAUGGGACGGCUGGACAAGAAGCGCCGGAAGAGUGUGUCCGUGCUCUCGCCCAUCCCCGACGCCGAACAGCUGGACACUACCGCACGGGAGUCGGCUUACUAUAAGUCCAAACGACCUAGCUGGUGGAACAUUUUCGCGCACGACAAUUGGGCCCGUUCUCGAAGAAAUUCUGAUUUUGGUACUUCGAGUGACGAUCGUAUUCCGUAUAAAAGGGGAAAGAGUCGAAGCGUUGACCAUGGCCUCUCGUCGCCAUUCGACUUGGAUUCCUUGCGGAGUAAAGUCGAGGGCAGGUUCGAGAGUGUCGAUAAACUUAACAGAGAUUCAGGUACGGAUGGGGAAAGCCAGAGCGGCAGCAAAGAGCAGCUUAGCGAAAGAAAAAUGCCUAAGCCUCCUCCUAUUUCCACCAUCACAUAUAAGGUUGAAGCAUCAGAUACAUUGACUUCAGUUGCUGCUAGGUUUGAUACAACACCAUCUGAAUUAGCCAUAUUAAAUCGGCUAUCAUCGCGCACACUAUUUCCUGGUCAGAUUCUUCGUGUCCCAGAUAAAAGGCGAAUAUCUGUGUCAGAGUCUGAUGCAUCUCAAGGAGGUCUUAGUAAUUUAGAUUUAUCCGAAACCAACAGUUUCACAUCGGCUGAUGGAGAAAGUAGACCCGGAUCUGGGCCUUCAACUGGCAAUGAUAAUAAAGAUAUCAUUGAUAGAAGAGAAGAUGACAUGUUGGACACAUUACGGCCUUCAUCUCCAAAACCAGGUCAUCCAGAACGUAUUGGUUCUUCAGUAUCUCCUUCAUCAAGCAGAUCGCAUUCGCGCGGUGUAGAAAGGUUCCUUAAAAUAAAUGUCAGACACAUCACAGAUGGACAAGGUGUGGUGGGUGGUGUGUUGUUGGUUACUCCCAAUGCUGUCAUGUUUGAUCCAAAUGUCUCUGAUCCUUUGGUUAUUGAACAUGGCCCCGAGUCUUACGGUGUCAUAGCUCCUAUGGAAUUUGUGGUGAAUGCUGCCAUAUAUUAUGAUAUAGCGCACAUGCGAGUUGCUGGACCUUAUCAGUCAACUGGAAAUGAAAAUGAGAAUAUUACAAAACCAGCAAUUUAUCAUUUAUCUCCCGCUCUUAAAUCUGAAACAACAGAAGACAGUGAACAUAAGUCCCCAACAAUGUUAACUACUAUGCAAACUGAUUCAUUGGACAGUGCUACAUUAGAUUUACAGAUAUCUCCUGGAGGUCGAACUGAUUCUCUCUUGGCUAAAGAUGAAACUUUUCCAGAACUUAGAUCUUCAACUGAAGAUGAAGAAGAAGAUGGUAGCAUAUGUUCAUGCAAUGCACAAAGAAAUGAUGGAGCUGCAUUUCCAAAAGCAUUUGAUCGUGAUCUAGUCACACCAAGUCCCAUGAAUAGAUCUAAUGAUGCACUGAAGAGAUCAGAUAAAGAAUUGGCUAUUGAACACAUUGGUAAUGAAGAUGAUAGACCACUUUCUUCAAUGUCAGCAGAACAAGAUGCUGUUUGUAGUAUACGUAAUAUGGAACAGCGCAGGCAAUCUUCGAUUGACCAACAUUGGGCAAUGCCAAAUAAAGUCAGAUCUCUCGAUGAUGAACCUCCAGUUCAUCAUGCGGUACAAGAAACUGUUGAAGACUCUGAACCAUCAAGUGGUUAUCUAGUAAAGCAAUCAUGUCAUGAUUCGGGCAUUGAUAUUCGAGAUCCACCUGUAUUACCAAUACCUCGUAAAACUGUUUAUUCUGAUGCUGAUAUACUUUUAUCAGAAUCUGAAUUUCUUCCACCAGUGCCUGUUCUACCAUUGUCUUCAGACCAUCUUAAUGAUGCAGUUCAAUUACGUAAAAAGAAAACUACAUCAGUGUCAUUUAGUUUGGAAGACUCUAAGGAACAAGAUUCUGCAGGUGCAAUAGAGGUUCAAAAGGUUGAUGAACAAGCUGAAAAACAGGCUCAGGAAACUAAAAAAAAUAAAAUGUUAAAAAGGCUUUCUUAUCCUUUGUCUUGGAUGGAAGGAUUCACGGGUGAUAAAGAAAGUGAAAAAGAAGCAUCAGUACCAUCUUCAGCUGAAUCAUCUCAUCUAUCACAUUCAUCUAGUGUGUUCUCUAAAGUUUUUUCAAGCUCACCAAUAAACAUGGUGACUGAUUUUGGUUCGGGUCUGUUCCUAAUGAAAACACCGAGCGAGGAGAGUGGGCGAUUCCAGUUCCCGCCACCUCAGGACUGUUCGCCCGCCCCGCCUUCGGCCACCCCAUCUAAACGAGAAGGCCUCGCUAGCUUUUCGCCGUCAUCAAUUAUUAACAGCGUAGGGCGUUCAUCAGUUACUACAUUUAUACGCCAGCAACACAAUAGCUCAAACAGCCGUUCAGAUAGUCAGGGCACUUCAAAAACUAUGCAACCUAAAUUAGAUUAUCGAAGUAUGGUAUCUGUAGAUGAUAUGCCUGAACUUUUUGUAUCUUUUGAAAAAUUAAUUCCAAGACCCGUCCAUACAUUUGAAGAACCACCGCCUCUUUAUUUAAGGCUCCGAAUGGGUAAACCAAAAGACAAGAAAAUACCAAAGUCAACGCCAAUUAUGUCGUAUGGCAAGAAAAAGAUGAAGCCAGAAUAUUGGUUUAGUGUUCCUAGAAACAGGGUGGAUGACUUGUAUCGUUUUUUAAUGUUAUGGGUCCCCCUCUUGUACGGUGACUUAGAUGAAGAAAUAGUAGCAUGUCGCGGUUUUGAGUUGGUUGAAUCGGAUACAGAACUGUGGGAAGAAGCGGAAACACCGCCCGGUGAUACUAGCGAUAAAAAGCUAGACAGAAAUGAAAGCGAAGCAGGUGAUCUCACACGAGAGUCUUGGGAGGUGUUAAAAGCGCCAUAUUCAAAAUUGUAUUCGAUGCUGAAGACUCAGGCCGAUCAAUUCGGAUCGUCAGAUUCACAGGCAAAUAACGAGGUACUGUCUAUGAGUGAUGAACUCCGUCGGGCCUUCUACGCAACCAGCGUCAAUUCAUUAGAUUUCGAAUCGUAUAUCCCUGACUUGCACGGCAUCACCGAAAUCUUGACCGAAGAACACAGGAAACAGUUGAGCAGGCAUUUGCCAGCUAGAGCAGAAGGAUAUAUGUGGACGUUGGUCUUUAGCACACUACAACACGGUUUUUCUUUAAACUCCAUGUACCGGAAAAUGAGCAAAGUUGAAAGUCCUAUACUCCUAGUCAUCCAAGACACUCAAAACAACGUGUUCGGGGCACUGACGUCGUGCGCGUUGAAGAUGAGCGACCAUUUCUACGGUACGGGUGAAUCGCUGCUGUUUACAUUCUGUCCCGACUUUCAGGUGUACAAUUGGACCGGCGACAAUAUGUACUUCAUCAAAGGCAACAACGAGAGCUUAUCGAUCGGGGCAGGAGAUGGUAAAUUUGGUUUAUGGCUCGAUGGUGACCUGAACCAAGGUCGGACCGAAGCGUGCAACACAUACGGCAACGAACCCUUAGUCAAUGAACAAGAUUUUGUUGUCAAGAUUCUCGAGUGCUGGGCGUUCCUAUAAACUAAAUAAACCAAUUUUAUGCGAACAUACAUACACACAUACACACAAUUCACCAUUUAUUCGUUUUUUUUUUUGUUAGGGUGCUAAAUUUUAAUAACUUUUCGUCAAUCAUUUGCAAUGGCGAAAAUACAAUUUAUUUAUAAUUUUUAACCACACCGAAACUUCAUAAUCUCUGUUCCCCACCUCUGUUGUACCUGUUUGUAUAUAUAUAAAAUUUAAAUAAUAAAAGAUCAAUAGGAGAGAAAUAACAUAAUACAAUUUAGCUCAAUAUUAUAUACGAAAAAGUAGUUAAAUAAUGUUAUGAUUCUAAUUUUAUUUUUUUUUUUUAUUUAAUUUUAUAUGUGUAACGAAAAACGUUGUAACAUGUAAUAACAUUUAGUAAUUAUGUCUAGUCUCAGCCGAGAGUUCUGUAAGAGUUGACUCUGUGUUGCUUGUCCAAACCUGAAACCCUUGAAACAAUCAUACGGCAGCACUGAUUAUGUUUUUUUUUCUAAACCACUUGUAAUAUCGAAGAAAAAAAUUGUAUCUCUUGUGUCCAGGGACCACUAGUCAUCGCACGUAUGAGCACUUCAUGCGCAUAUAACAAUAUUUUUUAAAAAUCAAUCUACCCCAUCUCUGCAACCGUUAGACAAUCACAAAAACUCAAUUUAUCCCGCCCCGCCUUUAUCAUGUCUCUGAAUCUCUCGAUUAUUUUUUUAUUUUUAUUCGUUGUAUUAUUAUUGUGUUGUGGCAACACUGAUUUGGUAGCUGGGCGCUGUAGUCCUUAGAUUAUUAAAUUUAUUUAAACCAUAUUAUAUUACUAUACGUGUAUUACUAAAGUAAAGUAAAAAUAAUAAAAACUCGUAAAAGAUAUAGUAUAUACACUAAAUAAAUAUAUCCAUAUAAUAUUAAUAAUUGUGAUAAGUCUUGCAUUGGCCUAAUGUAGUAUUAUCGAGAAAAAAAUUAUGCUAGAGCGUCGUAAAAAAACUAUUUUAGUUUAAGAAGAUUUAGAUAUUUAACUUAAUAUUUAUAUAUAUAUAUAUACAUAUAAGAACAUUACUGUACCUCUAGCAAAGUCAAUUCCGUAGUGAUUAAGUGGAAAGCAAUUAUAAUGAAUUUUGAGUGAGGAAGUGAAUUAAAACAAAAUACCUAUGAAAAGUAUAUUAUUAUAUUAGUGAAAUGCAUCGUAAUUUAUAUUUUAUAAAUACCGGUAACUCGUAAACUAAUCUAUUUAUCGUUGUUUUUCAUUGUAGAUAAAAUAUAUGUUAAUUAUUUUAUUUCUUUUCCUUUACUGAUAGCAUUAUUAUUGUGUAUUUAUUAUAAUUUUAUAAAUGAUUGCGAGCGAACCAGAUGUUUGUACCUAAUUAUUGUUGCGCGUACCAGUUUGAAUAAAAGCCUUAGAAUGCGCUUUGUGUUUGUUCGUUUCUUUUAAUUUCUUUUAUUAUUAUAAUUUUUUUUUAAGUAUUUUAGACGGUAUUAUUUAUAUAUAUAUUUAACUAAAAAAUUUAAAU